UUCAUAAAAAUAUCUAAUUAUAGAGUAAGAAGUCGUUUAGCAGAUAUAAAAAAAAAGUUCCAAAUAUGUCGAAACUUUCAAAUGUCCAACGAGAAUUUAUUCAAAUGCAUAUAAAUAAUGCUGGAAAGGCAAAGAAGGGCAGAAGAUUCACUAAAAAUCAAAAAAUUAUAUGUUUGUCAAUUUAUAAAUUGUCAACUAAAGUUUAUAAGUUUCUUGAAUCUAUUUUCAUAUGUCCUUCAAUAAGAUCUUUACGGAGAUUUUCAUGCAAAUUAAAUUUGUACACUGGCAUUAAUGCUAAUUUGAUAGAACAUUUAAAAACCCAAGUAUCCACUAUAAAAACAGAAAGAGAAAAAGCCGCAGCACUGAUGUGGGAUGAAUUUUCAGUUCGACCUUUUGUUUCUUAUGAUUCCAAAAGAGAUUUCAUCCUAGGUUUCGAAGAUUUCGGAACGAAAAGAACAAGCAAAUUUGCUGAUCAUGUACUCGUCUUCAUGUUGCGUUGCUUGAAUACUGGGGCAAAAAAGGCAAUAUCAUAUUAUUUUCCUAACAAUGGAGCUGCAUGGGAGCAGUUGAUAGUUUGUAUCAAAGAAAAUGUUCGGGCCGUAAAAAAGACAGGGUUAAAGUUGAUGUUAACCAUUUGUGAUCAAGGUCCAUCAAACUGUAAAGCCAUCAAUGAGUUGAAGGACCAGUAUAAAGAGAAGUGUAUUAAGAACAAUAUUAAACUUGGUAACCACUUUUGAUUAAAAUUUUUAAUAUAAAUAUAUUAAAAAAUAGAAUAUUUAUAUCAUAAUUACUAUUGUAUAGUGCUUAAGCAGCAAUUCGUGUAUUAACAAAAUAAAUAUUAAUACAAUAAUAAUAAUAAUAAUAAAUAUGUAUUCUUUUAUUUAUUAUUUACCCUCCCAUAACUUAAUAAAAUAGUUAUAUAAUAUAUAUAAUUUUAAAAUUAAUGACUAUGUUAGGAAAUCCAGUGGAGCUAGAAAUUGAAGGGGUAAAGCUCUGUGUAAUGUUCGAUCCGGUCCACCUUGUAAAAAGUAUGCGAAACAAUUCAGUGGUAAAAGAUGUUGAAUUAGAUUAUAGAGAAUCUAAUUCAAAGAGAGGAGUGGAACGAAAAUACGCGUGUUGGGAUCAUAUAGAAAAUGCCUUUGAUAUGGAUCAACAAAGUGAUUCCUUGCACAAAUUUAUGCCUAAAAUUAAGGAAGAACAUGUUCGUCCCAACAAAUUGAAAAAAAUGAAAGUUUCCGUUUGCACUCAAACUCUCAGUGAAACAAUGGCAACGUUUAUUAAUCAUGCUGUAAAUCUUGGGGGUAUUAUAUUAAAUCUAAAAAUAGUUAUUCACUUUAAACUUUUUUUUAUAUAAGUGAAAAAAAUUUUAUUACAGAAACCAUUCAAACGGAGACAGGAAAACUUUCUUUGCCGCAUGAAGCGAAAAAUACUGCCCGAUAUGCACUCUUCAUGGAUCAGGUAUUUGACUCUGUGAAUGGGCAGAGUAUUAAUCCUGACAAACCAUUGCGUGGAGUGCUUCACGAUAAGAGUCCACACAUCGAAUUUUGGAAAACAGCCCGCCUAAAUUUCAAAUCGAUGAGAUUUGUGGAUAAAAAAACAAAAAUUGCACUUCCUGAUCCUCCAUGUUUAAAAGCUUGGCCAGACGUAUUUGAGUGCUUUAAGAUAGUUUGGGAGCGAUGCAAAAGUCUCAAAAUCCCUUUCUUGAAAUUAGGUCUUAUAAAUCAAGACUGCUUGGAAAAUUUGUUUGGAUGCUUCCGUAGUCACAGUCACCGAUUUACGAAACUCAAUUGUACUCAAGUCAGUGGUUCUACAUAAUAAAUUUCACAGUAUCCGGAUAUUCAGGAAUUCUAAGGACACCCUUCAGAUGUCUGAGAGAUUUUAAAAAUUUGGAUAUCUGUGGAUGUCAUGAAAACAUCCUAGGAACAUCCCAAUUUCCUGAUAUCUCUAAGAAGCCCGUUGGAUGUCCGCAGGAAUAUCCGUUGCUGUCAGGAUAUUUUCCUCAUAAAUUCUAUAUUAUCUCGAUUUAAAUAUUAAUACAUAACUUUCCUUUUAAUUCUAUUAAUCAUAUAAUCCUGUAUAUCCUAUAUUUAUUUAAUAAUUAAACUAGGUUGACGGAAUCUUUAAAACAUUUCUUAUCAACAAUGAGACUUCUUCACAUGCCAUAGGGUCAAAUUGUAAAAAAGAUGCUGGAUCAUCACUAUUUUCACUUCUGUCGUUAAUUGAUGAUGAAAAUGGAUCUGAAGAAAUUACGAGAGCAAAAACAUUUUGUGUCGAUGAUGAACCUGAGCAUCCUUCCACAUUUCAGUUAAAAAAAUCACGUUUAAAUUUCCGGACGAAUCGACGUACAGCGGCUAUUUUUGCAAGAAACUUGCUUCUUGACGAUUGCAUGAAAAAAUGUAAAAACUGUCAAUCUGUCUUUUUUACAUUACCAGAAAAAACAGACCUGGAACAUCCACUGAAUUCCAUGAAAACUUCUGCAAUGGAUUACUUUGAACGCGGAUUCAUGCAAGCCACAAACGUGAUCAUGCGAAAAUUGCCUUUGAUGUGUUUCAGAAGAAACGUUCGAGAAACUCUUGUCCAAUUUGUAAAUAGAAGAAUAGAUUUCGAGUGGAUGACGUGUACCGAACACAGAAGGUUUCUAUCAGAAAAGUUUUUGCGGUCAAUUGUUGUAUUUACCAUCAAUCAAUGGUGCUCACAUUUGAAUAAAAUUCUAAGUGGAAGUAUAAUGCGUCAUGGGGGAAGCAUCGUUGAGCAAUAUGCUAGACAGGUGUACUUAAAGAUAAGGAAACAAAAUCAAGGCGUUGAUAAACAAAAGGGAUAUGUAGCAUGAUUCUAUUUCGCAUUUACCGGUUACAUCUGUUUAUUAUCAUACGACAUUUCAAAAUUCAAAAAACAUAGAAGAAAAUUUCAAUUGGAUUUUUAGAUGUUCUCUUCAAUUAUCAGUUUAAUAUGUUGAUGAAUUCUGUAAUAAGAACAGAAAAAAUGGAAAAUUUUAUUUCGGCCCGUAUGAAAAUAACACAAAAUCAACAUAUAAAAAAAAUAUUUUUUAAUUUUAAAGAACAUUUUUUAAAUGUGCUGAAUGUAUUGUUUCAAUUUUAUUAUAAAUUUCUUAUUUGUAAAUAGUUUAAGUGAUCAAAUGUUACGAAAAUGUUGAAU